CUUUAUUUAUGGCACAUCACAAUGGUUUUUUUUCUUCCCUUUUAUAGACAAAUUUAUUCCUGAAAUGUAGGCCUUCAGUGCUAUUUCCUUAUCUAUUUAUUGAAUAUGUACAAACACACAUACAUAUAAAUAUAAUUUUUUUUUUAUUUAUUAUUUUACAGUUUGAUACAUAAUUGAUUUUAGUAUUUAUUUAUGGUACUACUCCACAAUUUGUAGCAGAAUGUGACAAAAUAAUUCUAAUAUAAAUGAUUGAAGAGAUCAAAAAUCAAAUAAUUCACAAGGCCAUUAAUUCCUACAGUAUGGAUUUUUGGAUAAUUAAUUUUAAAAACCAAACCAGCAAAUUAAAUCCGAUCCUUGUUUUCAGGAUGUUAUGUCAAAUAUUCCACGUGCGAGAAAAAAAAAGACCGUUAAUCAUUAUUAAAUCCAAAAUUGAAUUGAAAUAUAUGUUAUACAAUAAUUCUAAAUGGAUUAUUAAUUUAUUAUAGCUACUGAAUUAUUAGAAGAAAAUAAAUACAAUAAAUAAAUACACAAACAAGUUGCUCCUCCUCUCCUCUCCCUCUGCUGCCACCUCUUCCCCCAUCGAGAACCCCACAAAUCUCAACAGUUUCUCUGAUCCGGUGAGAAAUAGUAGAGAGAGAGAAGAGAGAGGAGAGAGAAAAGAAGAGAGAGAGAGUCUGUGCUUUUUUCUCACUCCUCUUCGACUUCUGAGCUGUGACUUGUGAAGACGGAAAUAGAAUAAUCAAAUCCUUAUUUUUUUUCCCUUGAUCUAUGCUGCACUGUACUGCACUGCACCUCUCUCUCUCUCUCUCUCUUUCUCUCUCUAAAGUUUUAAAUCUCCGGAACCUAUGUUCUGUACGCUAUGUUUCCGCCAUUAACGCCACCUCGAUCACCUCCCAACUCUCGAUUCGAAGGGCCAUUUUCUCUCACACAAACAUUGUUUUUCCAACCUUAAAUUAAUUUUUUUUCCCUUCCUGUAUUUCCACUUUCUCAAAUUUUUAGGCAUUUUAUUUCGUUCUAGAGCAGUAUGUUAACCUGUAUCGCCUGCUCAAAGCAGCAGCAGCCACACACCAAUGGAUCUCUCCGCGACGCGCCGCCCGAAGACGACGAAAGCUCCGCCACUCCUUCCACCAAGCAAGCCAUCAAAACCCUCACCGCUCAGAUCAAGGACAUAGCAGUGAAGGCAUCAGGCGCGUACAAGAGCUGCAGGCCUUGUUCAGGCUCAUCCGGCCAUGACAGAGGUCGAGCCUACGUCGACUCCUCCGAUGCAGGCUCGGUUUCGGAGAGAUUUUACGGCUCGUACAGAAGAACCGGCAGCUCAAACUCCACUCCGAGGCUUCGCCGGAAGUUUAUAGAAGAAGCCAAGCUGAAAGCCCUUUCAAGCGGCUCUGCUACACCGGCUUCAGUCAGCGGUAGAACCGAUCACUCAGUAUUGUUCAUGGAGGAGGAUGAACCGAAAGAGUGGGUUGCACAGGUUGAGCCUGGUGUGCUAAUUACCUUCCUUUCGUUGCCUCAAGGUGGCAAUGAUCUCAAAAGGAUUCGAUUCAGUCGAGAGAUUUUUAACAAGUGGCAAGCUCAAAGGUGGUGGUCAGAGAACUACGACAAAGUAAUGGAAUUAUACAAUGUCCAGAGAUUUAAUCGUCACGAAGUACCAUUGCCUACUCCACCUCGAUCCGAAGAUGAGAACUCGAAGAUAGAAUCACCCGAGGACAGCCCCGUGACACCUCCACUGACAAAAGAGCAUCCGCCACGUCACUUCCAACGACCAAUAGGAACAGAGCACCAAACAGGUCAAUCUCGUAAUUACCACGACGAUGAGUCAGCAUCAGCUCUCAAUUCAACUCCAAAGCUCUCUAGCAUAAGCGCAGCCAAAACAGAGACAUCGUCCAUCGAUGCUUCUGCACGAUCGAGUUCUUCGAGAGAAAUCGACCACUCUGGGGAACUUUCAGUGAGCAAUGCUUCCGAUUUAGAGAGUGAGUGGGUCGAACAAGACGAACCUGGAGUCUACAUUACUAUCAGAGCUCUGCCAGGUGGCUCCCGUGAGCUUAGAAGAGUCCGAUUCAGCCGAGAACGAUUUGGAGAAACACAUGCGAGGUUGUGGUGGGAAGAGAACAAAGUAAGGAUUCAACAGCAAUACUUGUGAGUUGCUAAAACUAAGUAGGGCUAAAGAGAUUUAAUAAUAACAAAAUAUAAUGAGCUAUUGUCUUGAAUUACUUGAUUUAAAAUAGGUUUCGAUUUGUGCUGCGUUUUCUCUCCAUUCUUGUACGUAGAAGGUUUCGGUUAAGAUUUAAUCCAUUUUGUAAUUGCGUUUUAACUGUUUGGUUGAGUUUGAGUGGGAUAAUCAUAAUAGGUUUGUAGAUGCUACUCCCGGU